CCCCCUUUUCUCUAGAUGCUACUGUCCCGUCCUUCUCGAGUCUCGACACCGCCAAAAUCCCACCGCGCCGCACCCCCCUGCCUGAGCGCCACGCUGAUGGCUGCGCCGCCACCGGAGCCCGCGGGCGCGGUGCGCCUGGAGAGCCUGGAGGGACUCAUCCUCGACACUGUCAUCUCCAAAGCCGGCGCGCGCACCGCGGCCGCACUCGCCUGCACCAGCACGCACCUGCGAACCGCCGUCGAUGAGGACGCGGUGUGGCGUCGCUUCUGCGCCCAAGACCUCGGCCUCGACGCGCCCCUCGACCCGGAGGACCGUCCGCUUCCCUCCUUCAAGGAUGCAUAUAAAGCUUGGCUUGUGUCUUUUGGUAUGUACCCGCUACCUCUGGUAAAGAGAGUGAAAUUGUUUUGGACUUCAUUGAAAAGCUGGUUGUCUGAAAACUUUCCUGAAGCACUCAGAACUUUGAAUAAAGGUGUUUCUGAAGCUCAGAUAAGAUCAGCAGAAGAUGAUCUUGGUUUCAAGCUUCCUAUGCCCACCAAACUAUUGUACCGCUUUUGCAAUGGUCAGCUGCCUUUUACUGGAGACCACUUUGAGGAUGUGCGCAUGGCUCCUCUUGGCAUAAUAGGAGGCUAUGUGUUCUAUAAUCACUGUGUGAAUGUGCACUUAUCAUCACUUGAGCAAAUUGUUGAAGCGACAAAAGAAUUUUAUCUUGAGUUGAAUGAGCAAGGUGUUUUCAAUGAGCUGAAGCUCGCCUUAGUGGCAACUUCAUGGUAUCAUCCUAAAGCGUUUCUCCUCAAUUGUUCAAAUGGUGAACUUUACGUUGGCACUGCCAACUUACCAGGAGGAGAAAUGAUGUCAUGUGUACCUAAAUCAUUGAUAAAGCCAACUAAUAAUGAUAUGCCCCAAGAUGGAUUACUUUUGUGGUUGGAAGAGCACCUUAGGCGCUUACAGACGGGCAUGAUCAAGACCCGUCCGCUCAAGACAUCGAGGUAUAUCUGCUUAUAUCCAGAAGGAACCCCAUCGUGUACGUCAGCAACGACAAAUGGUGUGAAGGUGCGUGCCUCUGCUGUAUUUGCACCAGAACAUCCUCACUCUCAGGGGCAUGGCAGAAGACAUAUUUACAGUUAUUCCAUUCGCCUGUCAGUUCCUGAGGCAAUCAUGCUAGGUGGAGUUUACUAUUCUUCCUGCCAGCUUCAAUCACGCCACUGGAUCAUUCGAUGCAGAGACAGGGUUGUUUCGGAUGUGCACGGCGAAGGUGUUAUUGGGAAGUAUCCUUCACUAUUACCAGGCCAGGAAGAGUUUGUCUAUGAGAGUUGCACUCCACUGAACGGUAGUCCUGGAUCCGUGGAAGGCUCAUUUACAUUUGUGCCUGGGAGGAAUCUUCUUGUUCUUCUUUCUGUUGGUAUUGGAUCUGAUACUGUUUUCCUUUGGUAAGGCUGACCCGUCCAGAAGGAAAACCAUUCGAUGUCACGGUGGCGCCAUUCCCUCUGGAAACACCGGAGUACAUCUUCUGAGGAUCGUGUGUAGCUAAUGACAGUGCAUCUGGUGGAGAACACCAAACAUACCUCUGGUACUUUGUUCUAUGUAGCGAAGUUGUCUGUCUACCUGGAGUUGAUCUUAUCGAAGUAAUGUAAAUUGUGGCACCUGUUUGCUGUGCGUCUCGGUUGGUUCACUUGGUUGUGGCCAAAAAUCUAGGCGUCGAACUUGUUUGUUCUUAUGCGAUGUUAGUUUCUCUUGGUUUUUUAGGUGAAAGGUUGUUGAUGCCAAAAAUUCUUGCUUUUGUAUUGUGAAGGAAAAAAACGGGAACAAGUGAGAACACGUGGUGAAAACAAGAAAAGCAACUCAUCAUGUUGAGGUUUCCUGCUUCUAA